CAAAUAAAAUCGCUGAGUCAACAACAUGGUCACAAUUAGGGUAUUCAGCUAGAGAAAGUUGGAUCGAAGAUAUAUAUGACAAACAUAAAGUUCAAAUUGGGUUUAAUAGAUGGAUUGUACAAGAAUGUCUUAAGCAAAAAUUAAUAGAUAGAGCUGAUAAUUUUCGAAGAAAAAUAAACAAAAAGCAAAAUAUUACUAUACAAAGUAGAAAUAAUGAUCAAGAAUUUGAAUUACAAGGGGUUUCUACUUAUUAUAAUAAAGAAAAUACAAAUUUAGCUUAUACGUCUGAUAUAGAAUCUGAUGAUAAUCAGGAAACAAAUACAUUUA